UCUCUCUCUAAACGAUAAAUAUCUACUCCCAAAAGUUCCCUUUUCUCUUUUCAGAGGUCAUUCUCCCCUUUUUCCUCUCGAUUCAUUAGCUCAGACUCUCAAUUCCUUCCCUCGAUUUCGAGGGUUUUGUUUUAAUUCCUAUUUUCUUUUUAAUUUUCUUUUUUCUUUCUUUAAUUUGCCUCUUCAAUUUCCAAGACCAUAACCAGACCAGAACCCUAAUCUAUCUCAUUCGUCGAUCUGAUUGAAGAUCAAACCCUAGACGAUGAAUCAGCAGCAGCAGCAGAGGUUGAAGCAGCAAGCUCUGAUGCAGCAGAGCCUCAUGCAACAGCAGCAGUCUCUUUACAAUCAUCCCCUCUUGGCCGCUGCUCCUCAGAUAGAACCAAUGUUCCCAAGCGGAAAUCUGCCUCCUGGGUUUGAUUCAAGUUCAUGCCGCAGUGUGUAUGUUGGCAACAUUCAUCUCCAAGUCACUGAAUCUCUUCUUCAAGAAGUCUUCCAAAGCUGCGGUGUCCUAGAAGGAUGCAAGCUAAUCAGGAAAGAUAAGUCAUCCUAUGGAUUUGUUGACUACUAUGACCGUAGAUCAGCUGCACUUGCUAUUAUGACACUUAAUGGGAGGCACUUGUUUGGCCAGCCUAUCAAGGUGAAUUGGGCAUAUGCAAGUAGCCAGAGAGAAGAUACAUCAGGGCACUUUAACAUAUUUGUUGGUGAUCUUAGCCCUGAGAUCACAGACAAUGCCUUGUUUGCUUGCUUUUCUGUAUACCCCAGCUGCUCAGAUGCAAGGGUUAUGUGGGAUCAAAAAACUGGGCGCUCUAGAGGGUUUGGUUUUGUUUCUUUCCGCAGCCAGCAGGAAGCACAAAGUGCCAUCAAUGACUUGAGUGGCAAGUGGCUUGGGAAUCGGCAAAUUCGUUGCAACUGGGCGACAAAAGGUGCUGGCAACGAGGACAAACAAAACUCAGAUGCGAAGAGCAUGGUAGACAUGGCCACUGGAUCAGGAGAUGAUGGUCAAGAGGCUGCAAAUGAUGAUGGCCCAGAGAAUAACCCGCAAUAUACGACUGUUUAUGUUGGUAAUCUUGCUCCUGAGGUUACACAAGCGGAUUUGCACCGCUUCUUUUAUGCACUUGGCGCUGGUCAGCUUGAAGAGGUCCGUGUACAGAGGGAUAAAGGAUUUGGUUUUGUAAGAUAUAGUAAUCAUUCUGAAGCUGCCCUUGCUAUUCAGAUGGGUAAUGCUAAAAUUCUUGGUGGAAAGCCAGUCAAGUGCUCUUGGGGCAGCAAGCCAACUCCGCCUGGAACAGCAUCAACCCCACUUCCCCCUCCUGCUCCAGCUCCUUUUCCUUCUCUCUCUGCAACCGACCUUCUUGCCUAUGAGCGUUCUCUUGCCCUGAGCAAGAUGACCGCUGCCAACCAAGCACUGCUUCAGGCCCAGGGCCCACAUGCUCUCAAGCAAGCCUCCAUGGGUCUUGGCGCUGGAGGCAGUCAAGCAAUCUAUGAUGCUGGGUUUCAGAAUGCUGCAGCAGCUCAGCAACUUAUGUAUUUCCAGUGAUUAAGCUAUAGAAUUAAAUGUUAGUGCGAGUUUUUUUAUUUGAUUUUUACCUUCUAUAAGACACUGUGUUAUCAGUUUGUCUAUUUAGUUUCACCGUGGAGGUUGUAUGGGAUGAAUGUAUGUGUACGUAGAGUUGUAUACUUAUAUUUGUCUCAGCACUGGAGCCAACCAAGCGACCAGCAUUGAGGGGCUCCAGAAUACAUGUCAGCUUGGUGUAUUUCCAGUGAUUUGAGUUAUAGCCAAUGUUUGUUGGAGUUUUAAUUGAUUUUCUUAUUAGAACACAGUAUGCUAUCUAUAUUUUAUCCUUUUGGCUUUGCUUCA